AUGCAACAACCAAUUCUUGGAUACUGGGAAAUCCGUGGCUACGCGGAGCCUCUUAGAAUGCUUCUUGCUCACUUUGGAGUUGCUUUUGAAGAUAAACAAUACAUCUUAGGUCCUGCUCCAGAUUUCGAUAGAUCAGAUUGGCUCAAUGUUAAAGAAACUUUAGGAUUUGAUUUUCCUAAUUUGCCUUAUUUUAUUGACGAAAACAUCAAGCUAACUGAAACAUUAGCAAUAUACGAGUACAUCUGUGCUAAAUAUAAUCCUUCUUAUCUUGGCAAUACCAUUGUGGAAAAAGCUUACGUAGCGAUGAUCACAGGGGUUCUAAGAGAUUUCAAUAGUGCUAUUGGAAGAGCCUGCUAUAGUCAAGAUGCAGCGACCCUUAUACCUCUAGCUCUAGAAAGUCAAAAGCCAGUGUUAGCAAGAUUUGUGAAAUAUAUUGAAGGAAAAACAUUUUUAGUUGGAGAUCAUCCUACCUAUGUCGACUUUUAUUUUUAUGAGUCACUUGAUAGACUUGAUGCUAUUGAUCCAAGCUAUCUAGCUGGAAUUUCACCAUUAUUUGAAGCUUAUAAAAGCCAUAUAAGAAGCUUGACUCAUGUCGAAGAAUUUGUUUCAAGACCUAAUAGACUACAUUUCCAAGGCCCUGCAGCUGGUUGGAGAGGAUAA